AUGGCCCGCACAAAAAAGAAGCCGUGGCUCGAAAAGGGCCGCGCGAACCGCGCCGCAGCGAAAGCGCAAAAGGCCGCGACCGCAGACGCCAAAAAAGUUGCCGGAUCGCCGUCGCAGCAACAACCAGCGAAGAAGAAGCAGAAGCAGAACCCGUCGACCGCUGCGCCAUCUGCCGCCGACGACAACCACCAGCAAGGAAAAGAGCCACAGCAGCAGCAGCCGCAACAACAAGAACAACAACGACAAGAAGAAGACACACCAACCUACACCAUCCCAUUCGACCCCAACGAGCGCAUCCUCAUCGUCGGCGACGGCGACUUCAGCUUCGCACGCUCGGCCAUCGAACACCACGGCUGCGCCGACGUGCUGGCCACGGCAUACGACGCGCGCGACGAGCUGCUGCGCAAGUACCCGCAAGCGGAGGCGAACAUGGCGUACAUCGAGGGCGAAGAAGGAUGUAGGGUCAUGUGCGGAGUGGAUGCAACGAAACUGGGGGCGUAUAAGGAAGUGAAGAAGGGAGGGCUUGGUGAGGGUCUGGUGGAGAAGGGAGAGUGCGAUACGAAAGGCGGCAGCGGUGGUGGUGGCGGCGGCGGUUGGGACAGGAUCAUAUUCAACUUCCCGCACGUGGGCGGAAAGAGCACAGAUGUCAAUCGGCAGGUGCGGUACAACCAAGAACUCCUCGUAUCCUUCUUCACCGCCGCGACGCCGCUCCUCUCCGCCGCGCCCGCGCCCUCCUCCCCCGUCUCCGCCAAACCCACCAUCGCCGUCACCCUCUUCGAAGGCGAGCCCUACACCCUCUGGAACGUCCGCGACCUCGCCCGCCACGUCGGCCUCCGCGUCCAGCGCUCCUUCAGGUUCCUCGCCGCCGCCUACCCCGGCUACCGCCACGCGCGCACGCUGGGCAACGUCGAGGGCGAGAUGGGCGGCAAGUGGCGCGGCGAGGAGAGGAGCGCGCGGACGUAUGUCUUUGAGGCUGGCGAGGGCGAGGGCGGGGCCAGGAACGGAAGCGGCGGGGGUGGAAAGGAUGCUGCUGCUGGGACGGGGAAGAAGAGGAAGAAGGGUGGUGGUGGUGGUGGUGGUGGGGAUGGUAGUGAUUCGGAUGAAUGA